AAUCAGCUGACAGCCCUCGAUCGAGUGCGCUUCAAAAGUUUCUUUCCUUAUAAAAAAGCAAAAUUAUAUUUAUGGUGUCAUGUCUACUGCUUCGGGAGUAACACUCAUUGGGAAAUCUGCAAAAGGAGAAAGGUUCAUGUGAAUUUUAGGGAGCUCAACAAGACCCUUCAUUCCGCAUAACUGCCGAAAUUGUGCUCAGGUUAAACAAGGGCAUCGUCCUACGAAAGAAAAUAAAUCCCAUGCCAAGGUUUGAUUGGUUGAAGAUGAAGGGACGAGAAGAUGAAGAACGCAUUAUAUCAGACACCAAUAGAAACACCUCUGCAAUCGGCACGAUGGAGGUUGCAAAGGGACUGGGAACAAUAACGACUGGUAUCUUCAUCGUAGGUGAGAUGGCCGGAACAGGAGUGCUAGCAUUACCACGAGCUAUUGUUGAUGCCGGUUGGUUUGGUCUGCCAUUGAUAAUAAUUGCUGCGAUCAUGUCGGCUUAUACGGGUGUAGUUCUAGGCCGGUGCUGGACCAUCAUCAAGGAUAGGUUCCCAGAUAAGUAUGCAUGUCAUACCCGGUAUCCCUACCCUGCUAUAGGGUUCGAGGCGUAUGGCAAAAUAGGAAGCUACAUAGUAACGUUUUGUGUGAACGCAACCCUGUUUGGAGUGAGUACGGUCUUCCUCCUACUGGCAGCAAGUAAUAUGGAGCUUUUAGUCGAAAGGGGGUUCUCGUUCUGCUAUUGGUUGCCCAUCAUAGCAGCCUGUCUCAUUCCUUUAACGUGGUUUGGCACCCCCAAAGAUUUCUGGCCAGUAGCCAUUGGCGCCAUGGCAGCUACGAGCAUUGCCUGCAUUCUUCUAUUCAUUCAAAUCAUGACGGAAAUCCAUGACUACCCGGACACAACACACACGUCGCCCUCUUUCGUCAGUUUCUUUGUAGCUUUUGGAACCAUCAUAUUUGCCUUUGGAGGACAUGCAGCUUUCCCUACGAUACAACACGACAUGAGGGAGCCAAAAUCAUUCCCGAAGAGUAUUGCUCUGGCGUAUUCAAUCAUUGUCGUGAUGUACUUCCCUGUGGCGGCUGCCGGUUAUUUCGUCUACGGUGAUCUCUUCAUCACCAUGAACACCGACUACAUCCUCGAUAUCAUAUACAAGGGAGUCAUCCACAAAAUAGUCACCAUCAUGAUUCUACUUCAUUUGGUUUUCGGUUUCGUCAUCGUCAUCAACCCAUUAUGUCAGCAGCUCGAGGAAGCCCUUCAUAUACCAUUGCAAUUCAGCUGGAAGCGGAUGAUUAUUCGAACCCUUGUCGUAGGACUGGUCCUCUUUACUGGUGAAACCAUUCCCCAUUUUGGAGCUAUCCUGUCUCUGGUGGGAGGGUCUACGGUGACCUUCCUUACGUUCGUCUUUCCCUCCCUCUUCUACCUUCGACUCUUAUACGGAGGCUCUCACAAAGAUUCAUCAAUUGAUGACAGUGGAAGACAUCUUGCCAUUCAUCACAAAGUUAUCCACGCUGAAAUCAUACUGGUUGGAGUUCUAGGGGGCGUGGCAUCGACGUACUCCGUGAUUUAUUCUAUAGCAAGUGGCCAAUCACAAUUCACCGUACCGUGCUACGUCAACAUAACAGCAGCCCAUCUCUAAACUUUCCAACCAAUCAGCGGGUGAGCUCCACCCCCCCCCCCACAGUAACGCAAGAUGUGCUGAACGCUGAGCUUUGCCUGUAUCUACGCCUUCCAUUACGUUGUUAGUGACUGGACACUAUUAUGGUGCUGCAAUCAAUAUGGGACCAAUGACCCUUUCGCUGUUGAUGGGAAUCAAACUUUUGGGGAAUGAUCCUCAAUAUUUGAGAGAGAAUGCGUCGUAUUUUUUUUCAAUGAUAAAUCUAAUGUAUAUACACUGUAAAAAUGAAGUGCUAAUUUAGCACUUACACUGCUUGUAUAGUGACUGCACUACGAGUGCUGAUUUUUUAGUUCAAAUUUAAAUUAGAAAAUCAGCAGUCGUAGUUCAGUCACUAUGCAAGCACUGUAAGUGCCAAAUUAACAUUUCAUUUUUUUGCAGUGUACACUUUAAAAACACUGAGUAAAAAUCUACCAAAUAUUGGAUAUAUAGAAAGGGGGCAUGCAUGUUUGCUGGGUAUUUUUUACCCCAUGCAUAUUGGGCUAUUUUAACGCAACAACUCGUAAAAUUUACAAAAUAUUGGGUAUCAUAGUGCUUUUACCCAACCAACAUGCAUGUUUCCAUUUUACCCAAUAUUUGGUAAACCUUUUUUUAGAGUGUAAUGUGGCAAAGAACCUAUGCAAUUCAAAUUGAUCUACGCCGUCAUUUCUUAAGCGCAAAAUAUUUGUGUUGUGAUCAGAAUAUUUCCAGGUUAAUGAGUGAAUAACAACACCUCCCCCCCCAGAAAAAAAAACUAUUACAUCAUUAUUACUGUUUCUACCGUUAUUGAUUUUUUUUUCAGAAUAUUGCACACUUUGACAAGGGAUGCACUCUUCCUAUAAAACAAUGAACUAUACAUGUAAAAAUCAAAUAAGAAACAAGGACAAAAUGGUGUAAUGAAAGUGUCGGUGCAGUUCAAUGUAUAUUAUCAUUUUGGUCGAGAUUUAUAUGGCCUUUUUCAAAAAUUGUAUAUGCGGUAUGUACAUCACAAACUUUUAAUAACAUCAUGAGCAUAAGCAGAUCGAGGAGCUACUAUCGCAAGCAUUUACACUGUAAAUCUGGGUUGACAAAAAAUUACCAGUUGCCAUCAUUAGAGAACGACACCUUAAGGUGUUAACAUUACACCCUAGAGAUUGGACAUAAUGCCAAAGUGUAAAGUAAAACAAAACAAAUUAGUUGUAAUAGCUCCCAUAGGUAUUGAAGUAGCAUCGAACAUAUUAACACCGGAAUGGAAUGACUGGCUAACGUGGUACACAUCCCUUUUUAAUCUGUUAAUUGUAUCAUUAUCAUUUUAUUCUUUUUUGCUGUAUAUGCAGAUUCUUCCAACAUGUCAAAUGCAUCAGUGAAAUAGAUAAAUGAAAAAAAAAAUGCUUUCGAAAACGGAGAUAUAUUUUCAUGAUUUUAUCCUUAUCAUUUGGGAAAAGCAGAACAAAUCACUUAUCUACAAGGAGCUCAUUUCAUAAUACUUGUUUUUUGUAAGUUUUAAGGACAUUUUCAGGCCUGAAAUUCAUAUACAUAUUUAUCAAAAUAUUUUUAUACAAUAUAAAUGACCAAUAUGAAAGAGAAACAUUUUCUCUAUCCGAUGGUGCAAUGGUAUUAAAUUUGACUUUAGGUUAAAGGAGGUAAUAUUUUAGAGACAGAAAUCUCAUGAUUCACGAGAUUUUGCUGGGAGGAGGAUUCAGCCACGAGAUGAUUUGGAUGAAUCUAUCCUGUUUGCUCAUUAGCAUAUAGGGACCUGCGGUCUGACUGUUGAAAUACGAGCACGACGCCCACACAAUCCUUGUUUCAGAGAAAAUCCGUAUUUCUAUGUUGUCCAAUGUUUUUCUCUUCCAUUGUACUUUGUAUAUAUAAUCAGAAAUAUAUAAUUGUGAUAUAGUGUAUAGAUAUUGGUACGUUUGUAACUGUUUAUCAGGACAAAAUGAAAAUGUUUCACGUCAUUAAAAAUACUGAGAUAAAAAAAUAUAUGUUAACCAUUCUCCAUCAUUUCAACAAGAUUGUAAUUUUAUUCAUCAUGUUAUGUACAUGUAUAUACAAUAUCAUACAAAUUCCGACAAGAUAGAACGAAUUCAAUUUUUCUUUUCAUCAUGAAAAACAAUAAUAUCUUUAGAACUAUUUACACUGUAUACAAUAUUGCACUGUGAUGGAUUUGGCAGGUUAGUAUUCGAACAAAUUCUCACUAUGGAGUGUAUUAAUAUUUACAUUCUUCAAUAUAAAUUAAGAUUCAUGGUUUUGUCAGAAAUAUGU